AUGCCUCUAUAUGCGAAAUUCCUGAAUGAUCUCAUCAAUAAGAAGAGAAGUUGGCACGAGAAAGAAACUAUAUUGCUCACUGAAGAAUGCAGGGCAUUAAUUCAAAAAGGGCUUCCACCCAAACUUGAAGAUCCUAGAAGUUUCUUUCUGCCUUGUACCAUUGGAAGAUUGAGCAUCAACAAGGCAAUGUGUGACUUAGGGGCUAGUAUCAAUCUGAUGCCCUCUUCUCUGGUGAGAAAGCUGUGCAUAGAGGAAGUGAAGCCAAUACAAAUAUCUCUAGAAUUAGUGGACAAAUCAGAUGAGGAUGAAGGUGAUUCCAUCAUACUUGGAAGACCAUUCUUGGCCACAGCUAGGGCCAUUAUAGAUGUGGAACAAGGAGAGCUAACCCUCCGAAUGCAUGAUGAAAGCAUCACUCUGAAUGUAUUUCCAGAAACACAACUCAUUGAUGAAAAGAAGAAUUGCAUGGAAACUGACAAGGAAGACUUGCAAUGGAAGGAAGGAAGCAACAAGACAACCAGUAAUCACCUUUCAAAGCAAGAAACAGACAAAGAACUCAAGAAGAAAUUGAAGUGUUGA